UUCAAUUUCAUUUCAUGAAAGCACUCUGAUUCCAUGAAAUGAUUUUAAUAUUUAAUAUUUUAAUAAAUGAUAAUAAUAUUUUUCUAAUGUGUGGACAAUGAUGUAACAAAUGGUAAUGUGUGAACGUGUAAGACAAUUUCUGGAAUAAUAACAAUACAAAUUAUAAUAAUAAUUGUUAUUUAUUUGUUGGUCUUACGUUUUAUGCUUAUUUUUUAUUAUGCUUAUUUUAAUAUAUUGUCAAAUCUAAACAUACAGUAUGAUUGAAAAUUAGCCAUGUUCUUGUGCAAAAUGUGAACUCUGAUUUAAUGCCAUAAGGCUGUUGCAAAUUGUGAAACAAUGCACUUCACUCUAUUGUGGUUAAGUAACCUUGGAAAGUCGGUAGUUGGCGAGCCAGUUUUGGUUAUAGGAACAUAGUAGCCUAUAUAAGGCGAACAUUACCACACUGAACUCACAGUAGGAUUCAGACCUCGCACAAUGAUCAGAAAGGUACUUCUAAUUUAUUUCUUGUAGUAUUUCUUGGCAGAUAAAACAUUGCUAGGGAGUUACUGAGAGUUUUGGGGCAGCAGUGUCCUGUCUGAGCACAUCUCAUCUGACAGAUGAAGUGAUAAGGAGGAGUAAGCGAAUGAUACUGGACACGCUGGGAGUGGGAUUGCUGGGAACAAGCACCCCAGUCUUCAACACAGUACUUCAGUGCAGCCAAAGGCAGCAAGCACUGGAAAACAGCAAGGUCUGGGGCAGACCAGGAUUAUCUCUUCCACCUCACUAUGCUGCCUUUGUUAAUGGAGUUGCGGUGCACUCUAUGGACUUUGAUGACACCUGGCAUCCAGCCACUCACCCCUCCGGCGCUGUGUUGCCGGCUCUCCUAGCACUGGCUGAAACUUUGCCUGUUAAACCCUCUGGCCUGGAGCUGUUGCUGGCUUUCAAUGUAGGCAUAGAGGUUCAGGGGAGACUCCUGAGGUUUUCUAAAGAGGCACACAACAUUCCCAAAAGAUUCCACCCACCUGCAGUUGUUGGGGUUAUGGGCAGCGCAGCUGCUACGGCUAAACUUUUGGGUCUCCCAGCGGCCCAGAGCAUAGCAGCUCUAGCAAUAGCCUGCUCAUCCGCUGGAGCGCCCAUGGCAAACGCUGCGACUCAAACCAAACCUCUCCACAUGGGCAAUGCUGCCCGGGGGGGUCUGGAGGCCUCCCAACUCGCUCUCCUCGGCCUGGAGGGUAACGCACAGAUUCUGGACCUGGAAUCAGGCUUCGGGGCCUUCUAUCCAGAUUAUGUCCCUCACCCACUAGCUGAGGUCACCCCUACUUCUCAUUACAGCUGGGUGUUAGAAGACCAGAACAUUGCACAGAAGCGCUUUCCUGCCCAUCUUGGGAUGCACUGGGUGGCAGAUGCAGCAAUAGAAGCAAGGGUGAAAUUUUUGGAGAAAUACCCAAAUGCAGAUCUCAGUCAAAUCAAGAAGAUCACUCUCAGAGUGCCCUCAUCCAGAUAUGUAGACUGCCCUCUUCCGGUUAGCGAGCACCAGGCCAGACACUCAUUCCAGUUCAACUGCUGUACCGCACUGCUGGAUGGAGAGGUCACCAUCGACUCAUUCAGCAAAACCCAGAUGAACAGGAGUGCCCUAAAGGAGAUGCUUCUGAAAGUACGGUUGGAAAAUCCACAAGACAAUCACUCGAGCUUUGAAAAAAUGUAUUGCGAAAUUGCAGUGGAGACAACUCAGGGGGAAACGUUCACUGCAUGCUGCAACACUUUUUACGGUCACUGGAGGAAGCCACUCAGUCAUGAGGAUCUGGUGAGGAAGUUCAGGGCUAAUGCUUCGACUGUGCUGACCGCUGAUGUUAUCGAAGGUAUUAUUUACACUGUAGACCGUCUGGACACAAAUCAAGACUGUUCAAUGCUUUGGUCAUACAUGCACUUUAAUAAGCACAUGAUGAACAGAGAUGAGUGCUGCUACUCAGCUUUGGCCUGAAUUAUUGUGUAAUGGCAUCAUUUAGGCUAAUAGAAAGUAUCAUAUUGUCAUAUUGAAACCUGUCAUUACUUUGUUCCUUAUAUUCUCACUUUGGUGGAUUUGUACUACAUAUAGUUCUGAAAUAUUUCCUAGCAACUUUUGAUGGUGAAUAUGAUAAGUGUGUAAAUUCUGAUUAGGUAAAAGCAUGAAAACCACUAUGGUGUUGUGAAUUAAAUCUUAAAUCUGUAUUUUAUAUUACAACCAAAUUGUUAUUUACUCACCAAAACCAACUUUCAUUUGGUGAUUAGCAAGUACUCAUUUUGGACCGCGUCUAUAUUUUUGACAAGCAUUUUGAGUGUAUUCUGGCUAACCUACAGUAUUUCUGCAAUGUCAGAUUUUUUUUUUCAAAUACACAGCAUUUAGUAAUAGUGUUCAUCAGAUGUAGUUUUUCCCAGAAAGUAAAGAGUAAGUUCCUUUCACUUGUCAAACUGAAAGUGGAGUGUGAGAGAAUACAGUUGUGUCUAUUUUCACAUUUCUGAAUGAAAGGUUUCACAUCAUAUUUUUGUUUUUUGUUUUGCAUAACUAUGUUUUCUGUUUGGUUUCAGUUUUUUUUCUAUUCCAUGUUGAAAUUAUAUUUGUUGUACAUUUGUUGUUUAUCUAAUAAAGUCAUUUACAUUACCAUUGAAAACGUUGAUGUUUUUGAAAGUCUCUUAUGCUCAGCCAUGCUGCAUUUGUUUGAUCAAAAAUACAGUAAAAACAGUAAUAUUGUGAAAUAUUAUUACAAUUUAAAAUAACUGGUUUCUAUUUUAAUAUACUU